CUUGAAGACAAACCACAGUAACCUUGAGGGAAGAGGCGAUGAUGUAGGAGAGAGAAACACUACCAUUGAAUAUAAUAAUCAACACGUAUCAGCGUCAUAAAUAUGUGAGGAUGCAGUCUCCGUUUCUCUGCCUCCGAUGACGCCCCCGUCCGUCUCAAUUCUUUUAAUCUGCCGCUGAAGACCAUAUCUACCGCCUUGAAAAGAAAUGGCUGCAAAUUUCUGGGUAUCAACCCAGCGCCGGCACUGGCUCUUCGAGCGAGACCAGCUGGCGGAGAUUCGGAGAUGCCUCGACGAAGGCGAGAAGCAGAAGCAGCUUUUACAGCAGUUCCCGCUUCCUGAUCUAAGGUACUUCAGUAUCUACAUCAAUCUACAGCUGGUCAGACUGGGGAAGCGAAUGACCACCCGUCAACAGGCACUUGCAACAGCGCAGGUUUAUAUCAGAAGAUUUUACACCAAAGUGGAAAUUCGGCGGACAAAUCCUUAUCUCGUGCUUACCACUGCCUUUUAUUUGGCGUGCAAGAUGGAGGAAUGCCCACAGCAUAUUCGAUUCGUCGUGAGUGAGGCAAAGGGACUCUGGCCAGACUUCAUCGUGUCCGACAUAUCCAAGCUCGGAGAAUGCGAGUUUUGGUUAAUCUCUGAAAUGAACUCGCAGCUAAUAGUCCACCAUCCGUAUCGUACCCUAUCCGAACUCCAGUCGACACUCUCCUUGACAUCAGAUGAGGUGUCUCUAGCCUGGUCAGUAAUCAACGACCACUACUUGACUGAUCUCCCGCUUCUCCAGCCACCGCACGUCAUUGCAGUGACCGCCAUUUUAAUCGCAGUGGUUUGCAAAACGAGCCCUGCCAGCAGUGCCAACCUGGCCGGCGCAUCGCCGGUUUCCGCCACGCUCCGGGAUGGCGCGGGUGCGUUGGCUGCACUCGGUGAUAAAAACCUGCCUCCUCGCAUUCAAAAGCUGGUUGACUGGCUGUCGACGGGGGAGGUCAGCAUCGAGGCAGUGAUUGAAUGUACUCAAGAGCUUGUUUCUCUGUACGAGGCCUGGGUGCAGUAUAGCGAAAAAGCAUGUCGGGAGCAGAUUGGCCGAUAUGUGAAGGCACGGUCUCUAGAUAAGUGAUACGGUGGUUUUGUUGAUUAUACUGCUCUCAGAAAUUAAUUUUAAAAGAUGCUGCAUCCUUGGGUUAAUCUGUUAGUCGACCAGGAUAUGUCAACAAAGCUCAGCAAACAAAUCCUCGAAGCGCCUUGGGAAUAGAGACUCAAGAAAAGGAGCGAAAUGAUGAGCAGGGCGUGAAUUCAAAGCCUGCCUCAAUAUCCACUAUAUCAGAGAGAAGACUACUCAACAAAAGUGAAUCCCUCCAGCUUCAAGUUCGAGACGCGUAUUGAGACAAAUAUUAAGGAACAUCAGCAUGAAACAGCACCCAUUAACAGCAAGGGCGGCUCGAGAAAGCCCCUCAAUCCCCAUUAUAUAUACACGGCACCCGCUCCCCACCUCGUCCAGGCCGUCCACCACCACUCAUCGAUGUUAAACAUCCUUAACGGCCCACCAGACACACACGCACACGCACACACCUUGCGCGCUGUCAGUGAUAUAACGGUCAAUUAUUUCCCCCUCCUCUCGCAAGCAACUCCGCUAGCCGCUAGCAUCCCGCCUACAUGCCAUUCAUAUCUUAUCAUUCAAACCGAUCGCCCCUUUGGCCUAUCAACCAGGUAAUCGAGGCGUAUACUUCGUCAAAGCACCAGAAAACCCCCGGCAUUGUUAGACUCCUCUUCACCCGCCGCUAGAUGGAAUUAGAUAUAUAUGUUUCAAUCUGGUUUAAAUUAAAUUAGUUAAUCAAUUUAUACCCUCUUGCUUUUCUAGCAUUCACCUGUGUCUGGGCACGCCCCUUGGGGCAAUCAUAGAUAUACAUACAAACACCAUUUUCUUUCUUCCAAUCACCAUGAAAAGUACGGGAUAGGCCGACUUAUGCUUAUUGGAUGAAGCUAUAUGGGGCUGUAUAUACAACCGGCAGCGGAGUAAUGCUCUCGCCAACCCAAAUAAAUACAGAAAUAAAUACAGAAAUAAAUAAAAGAGAAGAGGGCAUCUCCCCGUCGAAAAGUUCAAAAAUACCACCCCCCCCCCCCAAGUUAACCGCCCUUAUCUCUGAUAUAAGCUAGGAAUGUAGCCGCCUAUCCCUUGUAGGUACAGGAUGUAU